AUGGACGUUGAAAUGGUUAAGUGUGAGUGCUGUGGAUUGAAAGAAGAUUGCACACAGGAUUAUAUAAGUGAAGUGAAGGCAAAAUUUGAUGGUAAAUGGCUAUGUGGUUUGUGUUCAGAAGCGGUAAGAGAUGAAGUUAACAGAGGGAAUAAAGAAUUUGUAAUGGAAGAAGCUGUCAAGGCUCACAUGUCAUUUUGUCGUAAAUAUAAGUCGAAUCCAGCAAUUCGAGUUGCAGAUGGGAUGAGACAAAUGCUAAGGAGAAGGUCGGGUGAUGUGUCGUCGUCUUCUUCAAAGAAAUAUACAAGCUCUGCAGCAAAAUCUUGUUAUUAG